AUGCAGCCCCAGGAGAGUAGCAUCAGGUACAGCAGGUGGGAGAACAGCCACCCGGAUGAAGUCCAUGUGGCCAGCGGGCCCAGCACAGAGGAGGCCUCAGGCUGGCAGAGGGUCUCCCAGAAGCUGUGCUCGGGCAAGCUGGGCAUCGCCAUGAAGGUGCUGGGGGGCGUGGCCCUCUUCUGGGUCGUGUUCAUCCUGGGCUACAUCACCGGCUACUACGUGCACAAGUGCAAGUAA